AUGGCGACUCGACUCGGAGGUGGCUUGCUCCUCGUAGCAGUCAUGUGCGUGGCGGCGGCAUGCGUUCCGACAAGCUGCGCGCAGCCUCCUCCGCCGACCAAGGCGCAGCUGCGCGCGGAGCUGCAGAGCAUGGCGAAGAGCAUCGUGAAGCGGUACCCGCAGUACUCGCGAUACGCGCAGGACGCCACCAAAUACAUCAACUUCGCACAUUUUUCCUUCUCCCCUCUUUCCCCCUUUCCAUCCCCUCUUCAACCCCCUCCUUUCCCUUCCCCUCCCCCCACUCCCCCUUGCUUUUCCCCUGCAGUGAACUCCAAGUACGACCUGUCGGCGCUGCGAGACGCGUCCAUCCUCAUCCCCAACAACGUGCACGCAGACGCCCUCGCUAAGAGAAUCCCCGCUAAGAGCAGCAGCAUCCCCACACUGUACAACAUCACAGCGUUCCACAUCCUGCGCCGACGAAUGACCCUCCCGCAGAUGAGGCAGGUGAAGCUGCGGACGGCCAUAGGCACUCAGCUGAGGCAGCCGCUCUUCAAGAUGACGCCGAUGGGAAACAACAGCGCUGUGUCGUUUGCUAGGGGGCCGUACUUGAAGGCAGACCAGUGGACCACCAUUCGCAUCCCCGGGCUGUAUGUGGGGCGAUGGUUCAUUGCCCAUGGGGUGGAUCGAGUGAUCAUCCCUACACACACCAAAGUAUGA